CUCUCGCUCCCUUCCUCCCUCCCUCGAACCGAACAGUGAACAUUCACAUCGUGGAUCCGCUAACAGGCACAGAUGUCAUGUGAAAACGCACAUGCUCUGCUAUCCACACCUCCUUUCUUUUCUAUUUCCUCUUUUUUUUAUCUCUCUCUCUCUCCCCUUUGAUUCUUCUCUCCCUGGUCUUUGUAACUAACAAAACCACCACCAACUCCUCCUCCUGCCGCUGCCCUUUCCUCCACCUCCUCCUCCUCCUCCUCCUCUUCAGUCUAAGUGAUCACAAAAGAAAUCUUCUGAGCCGGAGGCGGUGGCAUUUUUUUUUUUUUUUAAAGCAAGCACAUUGGAGAGAAAGGGAAAAAAAAGAAAAAAACAAAACAAAAGCAAAACAAAACCCAGGCACCAGCCAGGCAGCACAUUUAUUUUUUUCCACCCUUCCUGAAAACAAACAAACAACCAAACAACCACCCAAACAGUCAUCAGCACCAUCAUCAAAACUGUUAACCCAGCAGCGGCGGCGGCGGCGGCGGCAGCCAACGUCACCCUCCGGCCACAGCGCCCGCCUCAAUGGUUUUCUCCGCGGAGCAGCUCUUCGCCAACCACCUUCUUCUUCCCUCGUGCUGAGCAGGAUUUGGGGGCUCUCCGGGGUGCGGGCUGGGAGCAGCUUCAUGCCUACGCGGAGCGGGAGAGCAGCGGCCACACCAUGCGAGCACAAAUUGAAGUGAUACCAUGCAAAAUUUGUGGCGAUAAGUCCUCCGGGAUCCACUACGGAGUCAUCACGUGUGAAGGCUGCAAGGGAUUCUUUAGGAGGAGCCAGCAGAACAAUGCCUCUUACUCCUGCCCAAGGCAGAGAAACUGUUUAAUUGACAGAACCAACAGAAACCGUUGCCAACACUGCCGACUGCAGAAGUGUCUUGCCCUAGGAAUGUCAAGAGAUGCUGUGAAGUUCGGGAGGAUGUCCAAAAAGCAGAGGGACAGCCUGUACGCCGAGGUGCAGAAGCACCAGCAGCGGCUGCAGGAGCAGCGGCAGCAGCAGAGCGGGGAGGCGGAAGCCCUGGCCAGGGUGUACGGCAGCAGCAUCAGCAACAGCCUCAGCAGCCUGAACAACGAGGCCGGCGGCACUUACGCCAAUGGACAUGUCAUUGACCUGCCCAAAUCCGAGGGCUAUUACAGCGUGGAUUCUGGCCAGCCAUCCCCCGAUCAGUCAGGACUGGACAUGACUGGGAUCAAACAGAUAAAGCAAGAACCCAUCUAUGACCUCACGUCCGUAUCCAACUUGUUUACCUAUAGCUCUUUCAACAACGGGCAGUUAGCACCAGGGAUAACUAUGACUGAAAUCGAUCGAAUUGCACAGAACAUCAUUAAGUCCCACUUGGAGACAUGUCAAUACACCAUGGAGGAGCUACACCAGCUGGCGUGGCAGACCCACACCUAUGAAGAAAUUAAAGCGUAUCAAAGCAAGUCCAGGGAAGCACUAUGGCAGCAAUGUGCCAUCCAGAUCACUCACGCCAUCCAGUACGUGGUAGAGUUUGCAAAGCGGAUAACGGGCUUCAUGGAACUCUGUCAAAAUGAUCAGAUCCUACUUCUGAAGUCAGGUUGCUUGGAAGUGGUUUUAGUGAGAAUGUGCCGUGCCUUCAACCCAUUAAACAACACUGUUCUGUUUGAAGGAAAAUAUGGAGGAAUGCAAAUGUUCAAAGCCUUAGGUUCUGAUGACCUAGUGAAUGAAGCAUUUGACUUUGCAAAGAAUCUGUGCUCCUUGCACCUGACUGAGGAGGAGAUUGCUUUGUUCUCAUCUGCUGUUCUGAUAUCUCCAGACCGAGCCUGGCUGAUAGAACCAAGGAAGGUCCAGAAGCUUCAGGAAAAGAUUUAUUUUGCACUUCAACAUGUGAUUCAGAAGAAUCACCUGGAUGAUGAGACCUUGGCAAAGUUAAUAGCCAAGAUACCGACCAUCACGGCAGUUUGCAACUUGCACGGGGAGAAGCUGCAGGUAUUUAAGCAAUCGCAUCCAGACAUAGUGAAUACACUCUUUCCUCCGUUAUACAAGGAGCUCUUUAAUCCUGACUGUGCCACCGUCUGCAAAUGAAGGCAGCGACAGAACUAUCUCGUGGUCCUGGAAUGCAUCACCAUUAACACAAAAGCAAUGUGUUCGUGAAGACUUAAGGAAAAUGUCACUACUGCAACAUUAGGAAUGUCCUGCACUUAAUAGAAUUAUUUUUCACCGCUACAGAUGGAAGAAUGUAAAUAUGCACCUGAGUGGGGCUCUUUUAUUUGUUUGUUUGUUUUUGAAAUGACCAUAAAUAUACAAAUAUAGGACACUGGGUGUUAUCUCUCUCUCUCUCUCUCUCUCUCUUUUUUUUUUUUUUUUUUUUUUUUGUAAUUUUAUUCGGGUAUGUUUUGGGAGAUAAUUGUUUAUAGAAUUUUAUUGUAGAUAUAUAAGAGAACAGAGCGGUACUUUACAUGAUUACUUUUCCUGUUGAUUGUUCAAAUAUAAUUUAAGAAAAUUCCACUGAAUAGGUUUUCCUAUUUCUAUGUUUUUAGGUAGCUGAUGCAUGUGUAAAUUUGUAGCUGUCUUGGAAAGCAUUGUGCAUAAUGUAAUAAGUAUAUAAUAUCUGGGAAUAUUAUAUAUGACAAUUACUUAUACAUGCACAUGCACUGUGGCUUAAAAUAUCAUACCUACUAUCAAAGGGGGUUCAGUCAGGCUCUCUUAUAUUAUUUACCUUCUGUGUUAUAUGUUACCUUUAUGUUAGACAAUCGGGAUUUUGUUUUCCCAACCAGAGUGUCAGUGGCAAGAUAGUACCAAUACAGAAAUAAGUCUGCAAAGGAAGUCUGCAAAGGAAGCAUGGCCUCUGUAUAAAAACUCUGCUUCUAUCAAUGACAUCAAAGCCUUGUCAAGAUGGUACACAUUGGAGGGGAAAUUUAAGUGUUUGGAGCCAUUUUCCUGUUUUAAGAAUUAGGCCACAGGUAAUAUUGUGGAGGCCAGGACUUUUUUGACCAAACAAUAGAUUUUCACUGGGACACACAAAACACUUUUUUUCUUUGGAUUUCAGGUUAUGAAGGAAACUUUAUUUUGGUGCUUACUGUGUCUUCAACAGAGAAAUACCAUCUGUAGAUUAAAAUCACCAGCAAUUUUUUCUAAUGAAAUUGGAGUAAAUCAGAAGCUAGGGUCCCAAUGCCAUUUCAUGCAAACAUUUUCUCUCUAACCAUUUUUCUUUUUGGCAAAGAAGAAGUAGAAAGAAAAUAUACAAAGUAAAGAAGUAGUUCUUUAUAUCCAUUUUCUUUAAUAAUUUUGUUAGAAAAAGCAGCAAUAAAGGGAAGGCAGGACUUUAUAUGUCCUUUAAUCAGGAGCCUCUGGUUUUUUUUCCAAUUCCCAAACCUUGCAUUAUAAAAAUAUGGCAAAAACUUGACAGAUUGUAAAAAAAUUAUCUGAGUUAUUAUAUAAAAGAAAUACACCCCGAAGCCAAACUCUUUCCUAGGCGGUUUGAAAUUACAUUCUCCAUCUAGCCUGAGAUUAUUUUCUUAGCAUCUUUUAAAAGAUCGGAAGAGGUGAAAUAAGGAUUAGAGAAUUUAAACUUCCUAGUACAAAUUCUCACUUCUCCACCUGCUCUUCAAUCAAACUGAUCACCAGGAAACAAAAAACCAACAAAAACCCACACAUAAAUUCUAUGGAGUUUGUUCUACUUGUGGUCUGAGGCCUUAUAUUUAUGGACUCAUUUUAUCCAAAAUUGGGUUUUUAAAAAAGGGAGAGGAGAGCUUUAUGUAUAAAACAAUGAAAAUGAUGAUUUCCUGUAAGUAUAGCCCAGUCCCUUAAUCCUUUCAAACACACACACACACACACACACACACACACACACACACAUGCACACGCACACGCAAGCAUGCACACCUGCUUUGUAAAGUUGCCAUCAGUAGAAGCUUUGAGUUCUUGGUUCAUCUUUUAUGCUUUCCUGAGUUACAUGGUGUAGAGCCCUCGCCUCGAUGCCACAGAACUCCUCACUGGUGAUCAAACAGAAGUGCAGCCUUUUCUUUUAGAAAACAGUCUUUUUCCACCUCAUGAUUGAUGAAUUCCAAACCAAUGGGGGAAAACAAAAAGGCUUUAAAAUAAUGAAUCUCUUUCUCAACUACUGUUAUAUUCAAUUAAUUUAACUACAUUGGACCAAAUUAACUUCAGUGUCUAAGAAGACAGCUGUAGACUGCUUAUUAUGCUGCUACAGGGACUCAAUUCUUUUUGGUGUAAAUGUCACUCCUGCUAGCUCUUUGUAUAAAGAAUUAAUUCCAAGAGUCAUAUUUCCUUCUAAUGGAAAGAUUACUUUACUGAUUGCUAGGAAAACAGGGUAAUGGAAGGCACUCAAUUAAACCAAGCCGUUUCCAAAUGCAAUGUAUGUUUUAUGAUUGGCUUGUGAUAGGCGCGACAUUUAAUGUGUCUACUUGGUGUUUCCCUUUGAGCUUUGAACUUAUGUCAAAGUUUGUUUUCAUUGUUCUGUUGGCCUGGUGUUCUCCAUUGUCAGCCUGUAAUGCCUGCUCAGUUGCAAAGAGGAUGGUUUACCUUGGAGGGUUUAAAUUGGCCCAGUUGAUGAAGUGGCUAAGGAUUUUUUCCUCCCUCGUCCCAUGGGUGAUGUAGGAAAAGAGAUUGCUCCCCACAUUUGCCUCAGGAGGUACUGGAUUUGAAUUUGUGUCGUUUCCACUAGUGCAGGCAUUUAAUUGGGACUGCAUGAACCUUUUGAAGUGAGGGGAUAGGAAACAGCUAGAGACUGAACCGGAACAGAGCAGUGGAAACCAGUAUGCGCUCAGCCCACUUUGGCUGAGAAACGAGAUUUCCGUUCUCCCCCACGGUGGCCAAAUCGGUCCCUUAAAAGACAACCGAGACAUACUUUUGAUGGUAACAAAGCACUUUUACAAGCUGCCCUUUAAACAUCUGCUGUGACUCCCGCUCGAGGUAUUUUGAAAGUUGGGUUAAGAACAACUUCCUUUACCACACGCGAUCCUCGUCCCUUCCCCGUGACCACUCACAAAUGUUCACAACACAUUCAUGGCAAAGUGUGCACUGGAAAAAAUGACCCACGAGCCCUACUUUUUACUCCAUGCUUCGUAAAUGACAAUCACUGCUUGAUGCAGAUGUUGCACUGUAUCCACUCAGGGAUGUUUUAUUUCAAAAAAUAAAAAAUAAAAAGGUACAUCCAGAAGGAAGGGGAGG